AUGUCGCUUCCAGGUACUGUUGUAGAUAAUAUACGGGUUAUCUGCAAGGACCAAGAGUUACUUAGCGAUAAAAGCAAAUUUUGUCAUCAAAUUGAAUGUUUAAUAACGUCAAUCGAUCAAAUAAACAAUGAUCCCAUAGUCAAAGAACGGCUCGAAAAACUUAAACAUUCUAUUGAAAGCUGUGUGGAAAAUUGUGGACGUGUUUAUAUUUUUGGUUCUCGUAUGUAUGGCAUUGCAAAAGAUGAUAGUGAUGUAGAUUUGUAUUUCGAUACUGGUGAUUGCUUUUCAGGAAAAAUCUCAGACGAUUACACGCGGCAACUACAACUUAUUGAUUUAUUUGUUAAAGCCGCGAAUAAAGAAUUUAUUGGAUUAGAAAUAAUGACAGAAACUCGAAUACCGAUCGUGCGUUUUACACAUGAUUCCACAAAUUUUAAUUGCGAUUUGCAAUUCAGGAGUGGUCUUGCUGUGCUUAACUCGGAUCUUAUCAAAUUAUAUUUGUCCAUGGAUGAAAGAGUGCGUUGGGUAGUCAUCGCAGUUAAACAUUGGGCUGUAUCUUUCCAACUGUUAUGUGAUGAUUUUUCCACCUAUUCCCUAAUUUGGCUAGUUUUAUAUGUUAUGAUGCAAUAUAAAAUUGUUCCACCCAUUAUAGAUUUAUGGAGAAUGCAUCAGAAACAUGCACCUAUUUAUACUGAAGGUUGGGAUACACGUAUUUGUUUUAAUUAUGAUCAAUUAAAACCAAAAAAGUCUUCCAAAUCAAGUCUUUCAAAAUUGGAAUUACUUCGUUAUGUUUUUGAAUUUUACUCAGAAUCAAACUCAAUCAGAUUACAAAAGUAUGUGCUGUGUACUGUACUUGGUGAAAUACUUCCAAAAAAAACAUUUUACUCAACAUUUAUAUCUAAAGUUAAUGCAAUGGGCAAUUAUCAAUGUCAGAUUGAGAAGUUUGAAAAAUGUGAAACUUUGAUAAACACUAAUUUUGGCAGUUUCAACAGAAUCGAACUGCAGAACCCAUUGAAAUUAUGUAACAAUGUUAUUCCUUGGCUCAGUGAUACAAAUAUGAAUUUAUUUAUAGAUUUGUGUACAAAAUCUGCCAACUCAAUGUGA